AGUAACUGUUUUCAUAUAGUUCAAAAAUCUUUUUCGAGUUGGAUCAUGUGGUAGCCCGUCUUUACUUUUUAACACUUGAUACGCUAGAUCUUCUAGGUUUACACCUGUUGAUCCAAUUUUUCCAUUCGAAACAUAUAUAUGCACGUAAAUUGGAGUGAUUAAUUUUUCUUGAAUUAUUGUUGUGAAUACUUGUUGAAAUUUGUUUUUGUCCAUACGUGUACAGUCCUUGUCAGAAUAGCUUUAUAAAUAUUGUUUUAUAGCAAAAAAUGAUCCUAGUUUCUUACGUCAUUAAAGAUUUUGUCUUUGAUGCUUAUCUAACACCAUCGGCCUAAAUUCUACUUUGAAAAACGAAAGCUGUAUGAAAAUCAUUCUAUAAUUUAUCAAAUGAAAACUAAAACCACAACCAAGAUCAUACAAUAAUUAAAAUCUAGAAUUCUGAUAAUUUAACUUUUUAUGAAACCAUCUUUAAGUUUUGCGAUCAAGGAUUCAAGGGAACUUGCAAUCUCCAAAAAUAUAUAUAAAAAUUAAGUGUUAUUUCUAGUUCAAAUCUUUAGAAAACAAGGUUGAAUCGGUUUAACCAAUUCAAAAAAACCCUAGCAUUACCAUAAAUGUUGAUAUGUAUGGCCGAAAGGCCACAUGGAUACAAGGUGAGUCAUCGAUACUUUAUUGUCUGAAGGGAAUUUUCUGAUUUUCCUAUUGCCCGAAUUAGUAUACACUUCAUUAUGCCCAUUAUUUCGAGCAUAUUUUCUAAUUUAUCAAUAAACUAAUCAAGAAUUACUCUUAAAGCAUGUUUUUUCAUUAUUUUAUUUAGCAGGUGUUGAGGUUUUACUGGCUCAGAAGUUAUUUUCCAGAAAUAAAGACAACCCACUAGUAUUUUAUAAUGUAUAUUUCCCCAAGAACUUAAUCCAGAACAAAGUUAUGCUUCUAUGAUGAUGUCUUUUAAGUGUCCAAAGACAAAACAUUGUUGUUCAAGAAUAAUUUUUUAGUGAUGACGAAUACAUAUAUAUGGUACGGAUCUAUGUAUGGAUUUGGUAAUAGGGUACUUGUAAAAUCUUAAUUGGGUAAGAAAAAUAAUGAGCUGGUUCUCAUUAUGUGUCAACACUUGUUCGAAGAAUAGAGGUUUACCAAGAUUGUUUCCGUGAUUGAGGAACUCAAGUUAAAAUUUAUAUAAUUAAGAAGGCUAAUGAUAGACCAUACAUUCACAUAUGCUACAUGAUUAAGUAUAGGGUCUUAAACUAAAGUAAAUGAAAUAAAAUAUAUAGAAUAAACUCCCAUAAAAAGUAAGAAGUGACUGUUCUUAAGCACAUAUAAAUAUAUACACACAUGUUCAACCACAACCAUCAACAUAGUAUAGCAAACUAAGCGCCCUCUUACGUGCACAAAUAUACACAUAAGUUGUAGCUAGUAUUGGUUGUGUGUGAAAGAGUGUUUGAGAAUUCAAGAGAUAUGCUUGACUGGGGAGUUGAUCAAGUCCAGCACCGAAACCAUGAUCUUUAUCAACAACAACAGCAACAACAAGGAUGUAGAAAGGGACCAUGGACACCUGAAGAAGACAAACUUCUUUCUGAGUAUGUUACUUCGAAUGGGGAAGGAAGAUGGAGCUCUGUUGCUAAGUGUGCAGGGUUGAAUAGAAGUGGCAAAAGCUGUAGACUAAGGUGGGUGAACUACUUAAGGCCAGGGCUUAAGAGAGGACAAAUCACUCCUCAAGAAGAAGGAAUCAUCCUAGAACUUCAUUCCCUUUGGGGUAACAAGUGGUCAACAAUCGCAAGAUAUUUACCAGGACGAACAGAUAAUGAAAUCAAGAACUAUUGGAGAACCCAUUACAAGAAGAAAGAAAAAUCUUUUUCGAAGCAAGAAAAAGUCAAAAGAUCCCGGAAACAGCUAGAUAGGAAACCACAAUCACAACAGCAACCUCAACAGCAGAAUCAAUCAUCUCAGUUUGUGUCUGAAGACCACAAGAAACUCGACAACGAGCAAAACACUUUCUCUUACCAGACUAGUGUCUUCACUGACCAAUUUCAUAUGCCUCAAGUUGUUGCAGCGACCUCAAGCGACCACUCCAUGAUGGAUGAAGGUAACUUGUGGGGCAGCUUGUGGAGUCUAGACGACCAUGAUCCACACCAUUUUGGUGGUUGCUCGGAACAGAGAACAGCUUCUAACGUUUCUGAGAAGUUUAACGGCUGCGGAAUUGAUGCUCCGUUCUGUGGAUCAUGGGAUUAUAGUUAUAAUGGAUUUAACACUGGAGGCUAUAAUUAUUAAUUAGUAUGUACGGAGAUAUGAAGAAAGCUGCGUCUUCGUACGGUUACUAGAAGAAAGAAAGAUCUCGAUUUGUAUUUUUCUAACCUUCCUAGCGCAAUAGACCGGACUAGUGAGGCUAAUAAAAUGGUUUGGAA